ACAUCGCCCAACAAUCGUGUUGAACAUUCAAGCGAGACUUUAAGUCAAUCGAAAAUAAUAAUAACAAUAAUAAUGUAUCGGUUGGUGGUGUUGAAUUUAGUUAUACUUUUGGCAACAACGAUAACAAUAUGUCAAGGAAAAUUUCCAAAAUCACCAAAACCAUGUCCUUAUGGCGAUGAAGAGUGCAUAAAGAAGAUUGUUAACUUUUUGUUAAGUGAAAAAAUAAAUGGUUAUGCCCCACUUAACGUUGUUAGCCUUAAUCCGUUGAAAAUUAAUGAAAUAAGUAUUAACCAAGGUAAAGAAAGCCCUGUCAAUAUUGAUUUGAGAUUCCAAAACAGUGAACUAACUGGUAUAAAAGAUGCAAAAGUUCUUCACGUCAAAGGAUUUGGUAAAGAAAUUAAUGGAGUUCAUGAAAUCACUCUUGGAACUGAUUCAGUGACACUAUUUGGUGAUUAUACCAUUAAGGGAAAAGUUCUUAUUCUACCAGUUAGUGGCAAUGGAAAAAGUAACAUUACAAUGGAUAAUCUUCGACUUAAGGUGUCAAUUUUAGCGGAAUCUCUUGUCAAAGAUGGCGAAACCUAUAUGAAUGUUAAAAAUGUCAAACUUCAAAUUGAAACAAGUCGAUUACAUUUCGAUUUUAGGAAUUUAUUCAAUGGUGAUAAGGUUUUGGGUGAUAAUAUGAAUUUAUUUUUAAAUGAAAAUUGGAAAGAAAUAUUUGGAGAAGUGAGGAAUUCAAUAACAGCUGCGUUUGCCUCGAUAUUCCAAAGUGUGAUAGCAAAUGUUUUCUCAAAAUAUCCAUACAGUAAGUUGUUUGCUACGGAAUAAGGUUUUAUUGUUCUCUACGGCUGAAAUAAAUUAUGAAAUAUUAUUAUUUAUGAUAA